AGGCGUGUUUCCUACUAGCGAGGAGAAACGCACCCUGGAAGGAAAAAAAAGCAAUCACACCCCCCAAAACCAGGUUGGGAGACUUGGAAAUUUAGUCAAGCAGCAACCAUGAUGAAAUUAAAUCUUUCGCCAACCUUUCCACUGGGAUAUUUACUAAGCUCUGUGGCUCUCUUGCUUUUCCACCUGGACAAAAUAAGUGCUGAGACUGAAGGUGAAGGAACUGGAAAUGAUACAAAUGAAUGUACUGGCUCUUAUUAUUGUAAGAAGGGUGUGAUUUUGCCCAUAUGGGAGCCCCAAGAUCCUUCCUUUGGAGAUAAAAUUGCUAGAGCUACUGUGUAUUUUGUGGCCAUGGUCUACAUGUUCCUGGGAGUAUCUAUCAUUGCCGAUCGAUUCAUGUCCUCAAUAGAAGUCAUCACGUCCCAAGAAAAAGAAAUAACCAUAAAGAAACCCAAUGGAGAGACCACCAAGACCACAGUGAGGAUUUGGAAUGAGACAGUAUCCAACCUAACAUUGAUGGCUUUGGGCUCCUCAGCACCUGAAAUCCUUCUUUCUGUGAUUGAAGUUUGUGGCCAUAACUUUACUGCUGGAGAUCUUGGUCCCAGUACUAUUGUUGGAAGUGCUGCAUUCAAUAUGUUCAUCAUCAUCGCUCUCUGUGUCUAUGUGGUUCCUGAUGGAGAAACAAGGAAGAUUAAACAUUUGCGAGUCUUCUUCGUAACUGCAGCAUGGAGCAUCUUUGCCUAUACCUGGCUCUACAUGAUUCUGUCUGUCAUAUCGCCGGGGGUUGUGGAAGUCUGGGAAGGUUUGCUUACUUUCUUCUUCUUCCCCAUCUGCGUUGUAUUUGCUUGGGUUGCAGACAGAAGGCUUCUGUUUUACAAAUAUGUCUAUAAGAGAUAUCGAGCUGGCAAGCAAAGGGGAAUGAUCAUCGAACAUGAAGGAGACAGGCCCCCUUCCAAAGCCGAAAUUGAAAUGGAUGGAAAAGUGGUCAACUCUCAUGUGGAUAACUUCUUGGAUGGUGCUCUCGUUCUGGAAGUUGACGAGAGGGACCAAGAUGAUGAAGAAACUAGGAGGGAAAUGGCCAGGAUCCUGAAGGAGUUGAAACAGAAACACCCAGAAAAAGAAAUUGAGCAGUUAAUAGAACUAGCCAACUACCAAGUCCUGAGUCAACAGCAGAAGAGUCGUGCAUUCUAUCGUAUCCAAGCUACCCGUCUGAUGACUGGAGCUGGCAAUAUUUUAAAGAGACAUGCUGCAGAUCAGGCCAGAAAAGCUGUCAGCAUGCAUGAAGUCAAUAUUGAAAUGGCAGAAAAUGACCCAGUCAGUAAGAUCUAUUUUGAGCAGGGAGCUUAUCAGUGUCUUGAAAAUUGUGGCACAGUGGCCCUCAACAUUAUCCGUAGAGGGGGUGAUUUGAGCAACACUGUUUUCGUUGACUUCCGAACAGAAGAUGGUACAGCCAACGCAGGUUCUGAUUAUGAAUUUACUGAAGGUACUGUGGUCUUCAAACCUGGAGAGAGUCAAAAGGAAAUCCGUGUUGGCAUUAUUGAUGAUGAUAUUUUUGAAGAAGAUGAGAACUUCCAUGUGCACCUCAGCAAUGUCAAAGUAACAUCAGAGGCUUUGGAAGAUGGAAUCCUGGAGGCUAAUCACAUUGCAUCUCUUGCUUGCCUGGGCUCUCCCUCUACUGCCACUGUCACUAUUUUUGAUGAUGAUCAUGCAGGCAUCUUUACCUUUGAGGAACCUGUGACACAUGUGAGCGAGAGUGUUGGCAUCAUGGAGGUCAAAGUGUUAAGAACAUCUGGAGCACGAGGAAGUGUUAUUGUUCCUUACAAAACAAUUGAAGGAUCAGCUCGAGGUGGAGGAGAAGACUUUGAGGAUACCUGUGGAGAGCUGGAAUUCCAGAAUGAUGAAAUUGCCAAAACAAUAUCAGUCAAGGUAAUUGAUGAUGAGGAAUAUGAAAAAAACAAGACCUUCUUUCUUGAGAUUGGAGAGCCCCGGCUGGUGGAGAUGAGUGAGAAGAAAGCCCUGUUGUUGAAUGAGCUUGGUGACUUCACUUUAACAGGAAAAUCCCUCUAUGACCAACCUGUCUUCAGGAAAGUCCAUGUUAGAGAGCGUCCACUUCCCUCUACUAUAAUCAACUUUACAGAGGAGUGUGAUGACAAGCAACCCCUGACCAGCAAAGAAGAAGAGGAACGCCGCAUUGCAGAAAUGGGGCGCCCAAUCCUUGGAGAACAUACCAAACUGGAAGUUAUCAUUGAAGAGUCCUAUGAGUUCAAGAGUACUGUGGACAAACUUAUUAAGAAGACAAACUUAGCUCUCGUGGUUGGGACGAACAGCUGGAGGGAACAGUUCAUUGAAGCUAUCACCGUCAGUGCUGGGGAAGAUGAUGAUGAUGAGGAAUGUGGAGAAGAGAAGCUGCCUUCAUGCUUUGAUUAUGUGAUGCACUUCCUGACCGUGUUCUGGAAGGUCCUGUUCGCCUUUGUGCCACCCACAGAGUACUGGAAUGGUUGGGCAUGCUUCAUUGUGUCCAUCCUCAUGAUUGGCCUCCUGACAGCUUUCAUUGGUGACCUGGCAUCUCACUUUGGCUGCACCAUUGGCCUAAAGGAUUCAGUGACAGCAGUGGUGUUUGUUGCCCUGGGAACUUCGGUGCCAGACACAUUUGCAAGCAAAGUGGCGGCCACACAGGACCAAUACGCAGAUGCAUCCAUUGGCAACGUCACCGGCAGCAACGCAGUGAAUGUGUUUCUGGGGAUUGGUGUCGCCUGGUCCAUCGCUGCCAUCUACCACGCAGCCAAUGGAAAAGAAUUUGAGGUCUCCCCCGGCACUCUAGCCUUUUCUGUCACCCUCUUCACUAUUUUUGCUUUCAUCAAUGUUGGGGUACUCCUGUAUCGACGGAGACCGGAGAUCGGAGGUGAGCUGGGUGGGCCCCGGACUGCCAAGAUCCUCACGUCCUCACUCUUUGUCCUGCUGUGGCUCUUGUACAUUUUCUUCUCUUCCCUGGAGGCCUACUGCCACAUAAAAGGCUUCUAAA